AUUACCCACAAUCCCUUCCUUCUUCCUUUUCGAAGUUCGUCGGUUAGAAUGGCACCGCUGAAGAAAGGAGGUGAGAAGAAGAAAGGGCGCUCCGCCAUUAACGAGGUGGUGACCCGGGAAUACACCAUCAACAUCCACAAGCGCAUCCACGGCAUCUCCUUCAAGAAGCGAGCCCCACGUGCCAUCAAGGAAAUCCGCAAGUUUGCCGUGAAGGAGAUGGGCACGCCCGACGUCCGCAUCGACACCCGUCUGAACAAGGCUGUGUGGGCCAAGGGAGUCAGGAACGUCCCAUAUCGCAUGCGUGUGCGUUUAUCCAGGAAACGCAACGAAGACGAAGAUUCACCCAACAAGCUGUACACACUCGUCACGUACGUCCCCGUCACCACGUACAAAGGUCUUCAGACCGUCAAUGUGGAUGAAAACUAAUGUACAUCUCGUGAAAAUUGUAAUAAAAUUCUAAAAAGAA